UUAAUUCUUAAAAAGGACAAAAUGUUGUUUGGUGGGAAAAGAUACGGGUUAAUAGAAAGUGAUUCAGUCCGCAAUACAUAUUUAAUUAUAUAGCAGUAGCUUUAAAGUUUGCAGUCUUGGUUGUUUUUGAGUGUCUUGGAUAAAGCUUUCUGUUUUUGACGGUUUUAAACCGGCUGUGACUGGUUCGAACUGGUCUUGUGAGUCUGCGCACUGAGUGUAAACAGGAAGAGCGGAAUCGGUAUGUUAUAGGAAUAGAAGCUUAGUAGAUUGCUAGUGGAUUUUCGGGAAUUAAACUGGUUUAUAUUUUAUACAUUGCAAGGUUAUUAAUCCGUGCAGAUUUAUGUGUUAUGAAAUAUGUGUCCUGGAGCGGAGCAGUGAUUGUGACGUAUGUUAGAGGAAAGCGCUAACCUGCGUUAGUGUUCAGUUAGCAGUAUAGCCUGCGGCUCUGACAGGGUUUAGACUCUCCGCUGUGUUUAUUGAGCUGAACGGCUGUAGAAGCCGUUGCACGAGUGGAAAAGACUGACUUGUUAACAAAAGAUAUUUUAAUAAAUCGUUAAAUAUCGAGAAUAAACCCUUUAAACCCGCGUCUUUUAUAAACCGACGCCAUGGCCCACUAACCUAGCUGACGAACACAGUACCGAGCUAAGCUAGUUUUUAGAAACACUUCUUCGUCCGUGACAUUUCGUGAAACAACAUCAGCUGCUUCUGGCAAUGGUUCAGAAAGAUAAAAUAGUGGAGCUGUCUCAGUCGGAGAGUGAGGAGUGCCCGGGAGGGACGGAGGUCGGGGUGGUGGAGGUGCAGAGCUCGGUGGAAGAGCACAGCGUUGUCGCUGAGAGAGCAGGCCUCAGGAAGUUCAUCAGCGGUGUAGUGGAGGGCUUCUAUGGUCGGCCAUGGACAAUGGAACAAAGAAAAGAGUUAUUCAGGAGACAGCAGAACUGGGGCUUGAACACUUAUCUGUAUGCACCCAAAGACGAUUACAAACACAGAAUGUUCUGGAGAGAGAUGUACUCAGUGGAGGAAGCAGAACAACUAAUGACACUGAUAAGUUCGGCGAAAGAGCGCGGCAUCGAGUUCAUUUAUGCCAUUUCACCCGGCCUGGAUAUAACGUUCUCAAACCAGAAGGAGGUCUCAACCCUGAAAAGAAAGUUAGACCAAGUCUCUCAUUUUGGGUGCAAUUCCUUUGCUCUACUUUUUGACGACAUCGAUCACAACAUGUGUCCCGCUGACAAAGAAGUGUUCAGCUCAUUUGCACACGCACAAGUUUCUAUAACCAAUGAGAUCUACCAGUACCUGGGAGAGCCUGAAACAUUUUUGUUUUGCCCCACAGAAUACUGUGGAAUGUUUUGCUACCCAAAUGUGGCCCAGUCACCGUACCUGCGUACAGUUGGUGAAAAGCUGCUGCCUGGCAUUGACAUUUUGUGGACAGGUCCAAAAGUAGUAUCUAAAGACAUAACAGUAGAGUCUAUAGAAGAAGUGACAAAGAUAUUAAGAAGACCUCCUGUAAUCUGGGAUAAUAUUCAUGCCAAUGACUAUGAUCAGAAGCGGUUGUUCCUUGGCCCUUAUAAAGGCAGGUCAACAGAACUGAUCCCUCGACUGAAAGGAGUCCUCACCAACCCGAACUGUGAAUUUGAGACAAACUUUGUGGCAAUUCACACAUUAGCGACAUGGUAUAAGUCUAAUAUGAAUGGAGUGAGAAAGGAUGUUGUCAUGACGGACAGUGAAGACAGCACAGUGUCCAUUCAGAUAAAGCUGGAGAAUGAAGGAAGUGAUGAGGAGCUGGAGACAGACAUUCUUUACAGUCCACAGAUUGCCCUUAAGAUAGCCCUUACAGAGUGGCUCACAGAGUUCGGCGUGCCCCAUCAGUAUAACAGUCGCCAGGGAGCUCACAGUGGCUCAAAUAGUGCAUCCAUAGAUGUGUCCUCAAUGACAGCACCCACUCUAGGAGCUUCCACUACAGUAACCACUGUUUUUCAACAGCCCAUCAUGAGCCCUGCUGCUCCUCUCAGUGAGGAACCACACACACUGCAAAAAGAGGAGGAGGAGGUGGAGGUAGAAGUAGAAAAGAAGGAUUCAGAUGAGGAGCCCAUGGAAAUGGUGUUGGAGAAACAAGAUGAAGUGGAGGAUGCCAAGAAUGUCAAUCAGAUCCUCACAAAAAUGGUUAAAACUGCAAUGACUGAGGAUCUCAAACCCAUGGACACUGAUAAGGAGACUAUUUCGAAGACUUCAGAGAUUCAGGAAGUUCAGGAGGACUGCAGCAGUGACAUUGCACCCAUGCAGACUGAUGAGCAGCUCAACAAAGAAAUAUUUGUUCCAGGACCGGAUGAGAAACCUCUGUACUCAGUUGAGGCACUCACACUGGAGGACCUAACUCUGCUGGCAGAACUGUUUUACCUGCCAUAUGAACACGGUCCUAAAGCAGUGCAGAUGCUCAAAGAGUUCAACUGGCUUAGGGCUAACACCAGCAUUGUUAGUGUAAACUCCAAAUGCACAGACUCCGAUAAAGUGACUGAGUGGCACACCCGAGCAGAGAAUUUCGAGGAGAUGUGUAGCGCUGUCAUGCAGAUGUUUACCAGACUCUCCAACUCGGCGAAUCGAACCAUUUUGUAUGAUUUGUAUCCCUAUAUCUGGGAUAUAAAGAGUAUCAUCUCUAUGGUGAAAUCAUUUGUCCAGUGGUUAGGGUGUCGUAGUCAGUCCUCAGCACAGUUCUUAAGUGGAGAUCAAGAGCCCUGGGCCUUUAGGGGCGGUCUAGCAGGAGAGUUCCAGCGUCUCUUGCCAAUAGAUGGGGCAAACGACCUUUUCUUUCAGCCACCACCAUCGAUGCCAACUUCCAAAAUGUAUUCCAUAAGGCCUUACUUUCCCAAAGAUGAGGCUGCUAUCUACAAGAUCUGCAGGGAAAUGUACACAGAGGGAUGUGAAGGUAUUCCUUUUUCUGACCAGGAACCAGACUUAAUUGGGGACAGGUUAGUCGGCGGGUUUUUGACUCUCAGCCCAGACUACGGUUUUGUACUGGAAGAUGAGGAGGGGAUCUGUGGUUAUGCCUUAGGCACAGUGGACGUCAAGCUUGUCAAGAAAUGCAAGAUGAGCUGGAUUCCAUUCAUGCAGGAGAAGUAUAACAAGCCUGACUCGGAAAAGGAUCUGUCAGAGGCGGAGAAAAUGAUGCUGAGCUUUCAUGAGGAAGAGGAGGAGGAGGGUUUGCCAGACUCCUUCCUUAGUAACUUUCCCUCACUCAUAAAGGUGGACAUUCAUGCCAAAGUGACAGACCCAAGUGUAGCCAAAAGCAUGAUGGGCUGCCUCCUUUCAUCCUUGAAAGCCAAUGGAUCUCAGGGUGCCUUUUGUGAGGUCCGGCAGAUAGACAAACGGAUGCUGGACUUUUAUGGCAAGCUUGGCUGCUUUGAAGUAGCCAAAAUGGAGGGCUUUCCAAAAGAUGUAAUCAUAAUGGGAAGGAGCUUGUGAAAGGGAGCCAUGCGGAAGUCAACUGCUUUUAAAGGAACUUGUACAAAUCUACAGUGGUCUGCAUGGAACACCAGGAGUGUGAUUUUACUACCUGUUACAAUGUACACAUUGGUACUUUCGAUUGCACUCUGUGCAGCCGGUUAUUGUAGAUUUUCUUUAAGGUGUGCACUUCAGAAACAUCCGAAAGCAUCCGUGUAAUUUAAGGUGCAUCUGAUGUUUGCUAAGCUUUGCAAAUCAGAGCGUGUGUGAAUCUUUUUAUUUUUUUUUUUGAGACACCUCUUCUGAUCUAAAAACAGCUUGAGCUGGCCCGAUGCCAUUUAGCCAAUUACACGUGGAUGGUUGCAUUCAAAACACAUUCAGUACAUUUCAGUGAGUGUAUUUAGGUGCAACGUGGACUAUAGCUGCCACUUCAUUUUUUUUUCACUACUAUUUUCCAAGCUUGACUGGCUAUAUAAAUAAAGCAUUACUCUAGAAGCAAGUGAUUCAACUCCAUUUUUGCUUAAUAUUUGAGGCACAGAAUGUUUAUGCAGUGUUAAGAGAUUUCACAGCAUCCUACUGGAUGUUCUUAAAGUAAUUCAAUGUGCUUUUCGGUAAUUUGUUGGAACUGCUAAGAAUGCACACGCAGGACUUGUAUGUCUUUAGAACUGCAUGGACAUUACUUUUUGCUUAAAUGCAAAGCAUGUGUAUCUUGAUAAUACCAUUGUGUUCUGGUCUCCUGGCUUCAUCAUUGUUUAACAGAACCCCCUUUUUGAGAUUUUUCUUUUUUUUUUUUUUUUUUUUUGCACACACAUGAUUGAAGGUUAUGCCAUGUUAUAUAUUAACAUUUCUCGAGUUUCAAUAUAAAUGUAAAUAUUCGUAACUUUAGAGUGUGACUAAUCGCAAAACUUUUUAUAGCAGUCAGUGAGUCGUAACAAUAAUUUAGAGUUCUACAAAAGCAGCCAAAUUUAGAGACAAUUUCAGUUUAUUUUGUUUGCAAGUCAAUGCCUAAUGUAUCAAACAUUAAAAUUUUAGCUAUAAAAGAAAACUGGGGCUGCAUUCUGACAAAGUGUUGUUUUGUUUGGUUGUUUUUUUUACUUAUGUUUAACAUUUGGUUUAUUAUUUGUAUUAUUUGUUUGUUUUUUUGUUUUUUUUGUUCUGAUUUAAAACCAACCCAGAUACCCGGUGUUCUAGACUGGCUUUUUGAUUUUUGUUACCUUAUAUGUUGUCCCCUGAUGUACUGAAUAGGGUUUUUUUUUUGCUUUUCCUCAAUUUCCUUAAUAUACAGUUUAAGGAGGUUGAGAUUACAUUCAAGUGGAAAAGAUUUCAUUAAAAGUAUAAAUAUGUUAAUGAAAAUUCAGUACUUCAAGUUGUAAUUCUGAAUAUGUAUGUAAUAUAGAUGUACUUUCUGUAAGGUUUGUAUGUAAUUAAGAUGGUUCGUUACAAUAAAAUUAAAAAAACCUCA